CUGGUGGCACGGGGGGGCGGCGGCGCUAGCGGCGGCUCCUCCGCGUCCUGCUGCCCUGGGAAAGCGCUGCCCGCCGGCGGGCGAAGGCCAAGAUGGAUCCCAACAGGAUCAUCCAGGCGCUGAAGGGCACCAUAGACCCCAAGCUGCGCGUCGCCGCCGAGAACGAGCUCAACCAGUCCUAUAAGAUCAUCAACUUUGCUCCAAGUCUGCUGCAAAUCAUAGUGUCUGAUCAGAUUGAAUUUCCGGUGCGUCAAGCAGCUGCCAUUUACCUGAAGAACAUGGUGACCCAGUACUGGCCAGACCGUGAGCCACCCCCUGGAGAAGCGGUUUUCCCAUUUAAUAUCCAUGAAAACGAUCGGCAGCAGAUUCGGGAUAACAUUGUAGAAGGAAUCAUUCGUUCUCCUGACUUAGUGAGAGCCCAGCUGACAAUGUGCCUCCGUGCUAUCAUCAAACAUGACUUCCCUGGCCAUUGGACAGCUGUGGUAGACAAGAUAGGAUACUACCUGCAGUCUCCAAACAGUGGGAGCUGGCUUGGGAGCCUCCUGUGCCUCUAUCAGCUGGUGAAGACUUAUGAGUACAAAAAGGCAGAGGAACGAGAUCCCCUCAUAGCAGCCAUGCAAAUAUUUUUGCCUCGGAUUCAGCAGCAGAUGAUUCAGCUUCUGCCUGAUAACUCCCAUUACUCUGUACUGCUUCAGAAACAAAUCUUAAAAAUCUUCUAUGCUCUUGUUCAGUAUGCAUUGCCCCUCCAGUUGGUGAAUAACCAGACUAUGACUCAGUGGAUGGAGAUCUUCCGGACCAUCAUUGAUAGAAACGUACCACUGGAGACUUUGCAAAUUGAUGAAGAUGAUAGACCAGAGCUGGUGUGGUGGAAAUGCAAGAAGUGGGCAUUGCAUAUUGUAGCUCGUCUCUUUGAACGAUAUGGAAGUCCUGGAAAUGUAACUAAAGAAUACUUUGAAUUCUCAGACUUCUUUUUAAAAACCUAUGCUGUGGGCAUACAACAGGUUCUCUUAAGAAUCUUAGACCAGUACAGGCAAAAAGACUAUGUUGCACCACGUGUUCUUCAGCAAACAUUGAAUUAUCUGAACCAAGGAGUGAUUCAUUCUAUCACAUGGAAGCAAAUGAAGCCACACAUACAGACCAUAACAGAAGAGGUGAUAUUCUCUCUAAUGUGCUACAAAGAUGAGGAUGAGGAGCUCUGGCAAGAGGAUCCAUAUGAAUAUAUCCGCAUGAAAUUUGAUGUAUUUGAGGACUAUGCAUCCACAACAACAGCAGCACAGAAUCUCCUUUACACUGCUGCAAAGAAGAGAAAAGAGGUAUUACCAAAAAUGAUGGCAUAUUGCUACCAGAUUCUGACAGAGCCAAACAUUGAUCCAAGGAAAAAAGAUGGAGCUUUGCAUGUUAUAGGAUCUCUAGCAGAUAUUUUACUGAAGAAGAGUGUCUUCAAGGAUCAAAUGGAGCUGAUGUUACAGAAUCACGUGUUUCCCUUGUUCAUGUCUAACCUGGGAUACCUCAGAGCUCGAUCCUGUUGGGUACUUCAUUCAUUCAGUGCUUUGAAAUUUCACAAUGAGCUAAACUUGAGGAAUGCAGUAGAGCUGACAAAGAAGAGCCUGAUUGAUGAUAAGGAGAUGCCUGUCAAAGUAGAAGCAGCCAUAGCCCUUCAGACCCUAAUAAGCAACCAAGAGCAAGCCAAGGAAUAUGUGAAGCCUUAUGUAAGGCCAGUGAUGCAUGAACUCCUGCACAUUGUCAGAGAGACAGAGAACGAUGAUCUCACGAAUGUAAUCCAGAAGAUGAUCUAUGAGUACAGCCAGGAAGUCGCUACUAUUGCUGUGGACAUGACUCAGCACCUGGCUGAAAUAUUUGGUAAAGUACUUCAGAGUGAGGAAUAUGAGGAAGUAGAGGACAAAACAGUUAUGGCCAUGGGUAUCUUGCACACAAUUGACACAAUCCUGACAGUUGUGGAAGAUCACAAGGAGAUCACUCAACAGCUCGAGAGCAUUUGUUUACAGAUCAUUGGCCUUGUUUUGCAGAAACAUGUUAUAGAGUUUUAUGAAGAAAUUCUGUCCUUGGCCUUCAGCUUAACAUGCCAGAUGAUUUCACCUCAGAUGUGGCAGCUUUUAGGUGUUCUGUACGAGGUUUUCCAGCAGGAUUGCUUUGAAUACUUUGCAGAUAUGAUGCCUCUCUUGCAUAAUUAUGUGACUAUUGACACCGAUACUUUACUGUCUAACCCAAAGCAUUUAGAAAUCAUUUACUCUAUGUGUAAAAAGGUACUGACAGGAGAUGCAGGAGAAGAUGCAGAGUGCCAUGCAGCCAAACUCCUAGAAGUGAUUGUUCUGCAGUGCAAAGGACGGGGUAUUGACCAGUGUAUUCCCCUCUUUGUGGAGGCUGUUCUGGAGCGCUUGACUCGAGGAGUUAAAACAAGUGAGCUCCGUACCAUGUGUCUUCAAGUUGCCAUAGCUGCCCUCUACUACAAUCCUGACCUACUUUUGCACACCUUGGAGAACAUCAGAUUUCCACACAAUCCUGAGCCCAUCACUGCACAGUUCAUAAACCAGUGGAUGAAUGACACAGACUGUUUUUUUGGACUCCAUGACAGAAAGAUGUGUAUAAUAGGACUGAGCAUCCUAAUGGAAUUGCAGAACCGACCACCUGCAGUGGAUGCUGUGGCUGCCCAGAUUGUUCCUUCAAUCCUCCUCCUCUUCUUGGGCUUAAAACAAGUUUGCGCCUCACGAGAGCUCACAGAACACGAGGAUCAUGCUAAAGAUGAAAAACACUUUGCAGAAGAUAAUGAAGAGAUACCGAGCGAUGAGGAUGAGACCAAUGAAGUGAGCCAGGCAAUGCAAGAGAACCACAGUGGAGGAGGAGGUGGCAGUGCUGGAGGUGCAGAGGAAGAGGAUGAAGAUGAUGAUGAUGAUGAUGACUGGGAUGAAGAUGCAUUGGAGGAGACUGCUCUUGAAGGGUUCAGCACACCUCUUGACCUUGAAAAUGGUGUUGAUGAAUAUCAGUUUUUUACACAAGCACUUCUGACGGUGCAGAGCCGGGAUGCAGCCUGGUACCAUUCCCUGACUGCACCACUGAGUGAGGAUCAGAAGAAACAGCUGCAGGAGAUCUACACAUUAGCAGAGCACCGGAGAACUGCUGCAGGAAGCGCGAGCAGGAUAUCAUGAUUACAUUAUUCCUUGCCUGGAAGUGUGUUAUUCAGAAGAAUAAGACAAUAGAACAACAAAGUGGCUACACAUUUGACAACAAAGGACUGAUCACAGCAUUUAAUUUUGCUGGAAAUACUCCCGGUGGCAACUGAAGGAUCGGCUACAAAGGUCAAUGGGAAGGGUCUCAUCAUUACAUUUUCUUGAAAUCAUCGUGACUUCUGAGUGAUAGGGGAGGGUAAUUUAAUGCUGCUGAAGGUUUUCUGGGAAAUAGCAGUGUGCUUCCCCCACCAGAAUGCUCUUUCUAACCAGCUACUGUAAUGUACAAAUUCUUGUGGUGUUUUUAUAAUUUGAUGGACUGAAAGGAAAUGUUCGUCCUCAAGGAACCUGGAUGACCGGGAGGGGCCAGGCUGCAUCUAAUUGAGUUGCACUUCUCAGGUUUUUGCUGUGCAGAAUUGAUAGAUUCAUAUGGAUAACAGUGCCUUCUGUUGUACAUGGAUUGCCUGAACAAAUGGAUUUUGGAGUGCAUUAUAAUUUUUUAAGUGUAAGGACAUUUCUUGAUACACUGUAAGCCUUGGUUCCAUGUUUUCCAAUCACCUGCUUUUUACUGCUCGGUUUAAUUGUUUGUUGGUUGCGUACAAAUUGCUGGAUUCAGAAUACUAGCUCACCUUCCCUAUUUGGUGCAGACCAAAUGUGUAGAGGGAAGUGUCUGUUGGAGUUGCAGAGCACACACUGGUUAUGUCAAAGGGUCUUAAGAAAAUGGCAGAUUUUCCCUUGAUGCAGUAGUCUUAAAUUAUUUCUCUUAGCCAUGAAUUCAAUUGCUUGAGUUACAGUAGCUUGCCUGGCAGAUGGCUACCCUAAAUCUACAUCAAUAUUAGCUCCUGCCUGGACAAAUGUUGUGGCCCUCUCAUGUAGAUGUUCUACAUGACAGCUUAUUUCUGCUAUUAUUGAUGAAUAUUGGAUUAUAUGUGGGAUAAUCUCUCCUGGUUUCUUUUCAUUCAUUACCAUUCCAGUGGUAGUACUGAAAAUUGUGGUACAAAAUAUUUGCAAUAUUUUAUUUAUUUUGAUAAAAGAAGAACAGCUUCAAACUUACUUCUUACUGUUACACUCUGUGAUUGUAUUUCUGGUCUGCAUUGCAGUUGAUUAUUCUUGUUCCAUGCUAAAAUUUCUUCUGACAGAUUUUUUUCCUGAAUUUUGAAGACUGGUGUCACCACUGGAGGUUUAGACCAGAUAUUAGGAAAAACUUCCUCAUGGGAAAGGUGGUCACACAUUGGGACAGGUUGUCCAGAGAAGUGGGAAGAAUCAACAUCCCUGGAAGUGUUUAAGUAACACGUAGAUGUGGCACUUAGGGACAGGGUUUUGCAGUGAACAUGGAGUUAACAGUUGUACUUAAUGACCUUAGAGGUCUUUUCCAACCUAAAGGGUUCUAUAGGACAAAGUGUUUGUGGGGAAGUUCAUUUAGAGAGGAAGUGAUAGCAGUACUAAUUUGAAUAGGUGCCCCUCUGGUCUACUGGGAUCACAGUGGUGUAGCAAAAAGCAGUAGGGGUGCUUUAGAAUGUGAACUUUGGAUUGGAGAUAAAAUGUUUAGACCAGAUUUUGUCUCUGUGUUAAUUUCUUUAUGAUUUAAAAAUAUUCACCAAUCAAUUUUAAACACAUACUAAUAAUUAUUUCUUUACAGCAGUGUCCCAAAUAAAAAGUCAAAACCUUUUCCAUACCCCAUCAAAUUUUCCACAACUACAGUAAAUUACAGACUGCUGGCUCUGUGAAGUGCUGAAACUUUCAUUUUGUUAUUCUGGGUGAGUCUGAUAAAUCUGAAGCACUCUGUGCCUUGGCUUCUGGAAAAGGCCUGAGGAUCUCUGCCCGUUCCUUCUGGAAUUUUCCUGGCCUGGUGGCUGUGGGGCAGAAUGUUCCCUACACUUUCCUGUUUCCUGCACCUUUUUGUCAGACCCUAGGGCUGUUUCUGUGCUGCUGCUUCCUCUUUCUUUUUUUUGCCUUCCUUUCCCCAGCAGCUACAGAGUAAAGUUGGCCUGGUUCAUGGAGGUUUUUAACUGAUGCUGCUUAGUUAAUAGCAACAGUGAAAAUGUCUCGUUUUUAAGCCUGUUGUAUAUGUGGAAUGGUGGAAAUUCUGGGAUCUGUAUUUCUAAAAAGGAACAGUCUGCUGAGGUACACUGGACAGGCUCUUUAAGGUCAAGCAGAAGAGGGCCAGGAUAUCCUUUAUUUUGAAUGUCAGGUUAUGAAAAUGACAGGUCACUUCCUAAUUUAGGCCUGUGGGUGUACUGACUAAGACAGUAAGUAGGAAAGCCAUACAUCCGGUUUGUUGGGGAGUUUAUCAGAAACCACAGAAGUUUUGAAAUCAUUCACGAAUUUGAGAAAUGGUUUUUGGAAGUUAAGGGCCCUGGUGACUUCUCUCUUACCUGUCAAUUGAAGUUAGGUAUUAGGCAGGUAAACUGUUUAAGCCCUUUAUCAUUUUAUUAAAAGAAACAGGAUUGUCAAGUUGGGUUUCUUUCAAAGCCUGUUUGGCUUCUCUGUACUGGUGUGCAGGGUAAAAGAUGGAUUUAUUUUUCUUCUGCUGAUGAGGUUGCUUGCGCAGUCACAGGCUAAUAUUUAGGAGUUGAUGUGUUCAAGGUAAAAUCUGCUUUUGCAUAGCAUCAUCUUGGUGUCACUAAGCUGAACUAUGGCUGCUCCGUAGUUCUGCUUCUUGUAUACUUUUCAAGUCAGCUGCCAAGAAAAUUUCAUCCAGAUGUUUCAUACAAGAGUUUAAUCAACAUUGUGGAGUUGGGAAUCUUUGUUGUCUAUUUUGCAUUGGGGUCAGAGAUGUCUGAGGGAAUGGCAUGUAAAAAGGUUAAAUGCCUUUCCCUUCCCAGAAGAUUCAUGAGUAAAUGUUUCUACUGGCAAAAGCAAAUGUUAAUUAUUUUAUUCCUUUUUUUUGAAAAGGGUUUUCAUCCAAAAAGAUUUAUUGGGCUCUGACCUCCACUUUAACAUAUGGUUCUCUUUUAACAUGAUAAAUACCCAUUUGUACAUGAUCAUAAAUAGGUAAUGGAUUUUAGGUGUUUCUUUCUGAGCUGUGUCCAGCUUUGUACUGCAUUAAAGGGAGAGUAACACAAAUGUGCAUUUACUGUCUCACUUUGAAGCCGAGGUAAUUGUGGAAUAUCAGAUACCAGCACUGCCAGCCAAGCAUGAUGUAUUUGCCAUUGGAAGGAUAGGGAAUCAUGAAUGUAUUGCAAAAUAAAACAAAGGCUGAUAACUGGU